AUGAAGCUGUUUCUGGUUCUCAUUUUUCUGCUGUUUGAGGUACCUUCAGAUGUGGCGUGGCAAAAAAAAUGUUUUAAUAAUGUACAAGGAUACUGCAGGAAGAAAUGCAAUAUGGGGGAAAUAUAUGAUGUAUCGUGUCAAGGUGGGAAAUUAUGUUGUGUUAAUGAAGCAGAAAACAAAAAAUACUUGGCAGUACCAGUGGCUUCUAAAGCUCCAGAAGUAGUUGACCAAAACAUGGAUUAUAUUGUUUUACCUACCACCACAGUUGUCACAGUCCAACUAUAA